AUGGGGAAGAAAGAGGCUCAAGAUUCAGAGAUAUCCGACAGUGAAAUCUGGGCCGAUAGUGACGAGGAAUUCAGACCAAAUGUGCCUGAUGAUGAGUUUUAUGGUGAAAAAAGUGGUGUAUUGGAAAACAGUGAGAUCUCAGCUCUGAGGAGAGUCCACGCAAAGAAAGGUUAUUUAGAUGGGCUAUCAACAGCUAAAGAAGACAGUCUUCAAGAAGGUUUUGACAAAGGUUAUCCAUUAGGUGCUUCCAUAGGUAUAGAUGUUGGGAAAGUGAUUAGUAAACUGCAAUUCAUCAGCACCAUGAAUGAGAUUGAUCCAAAGUUGAAAGAUCAAGCAAAAACUUAUUUAGAGUCAGCAAAGGAAGAACUUUUAAUUCAAAAAGUUCUCAAUAGAAGGUACUUUGAUGGUGACUUGAAGUUACCAGAAGAUUUGCAUUCGCUACUUCAAAGGUGGAAAUCAGAUAUUGACGACUUACAAGCUCAAAUAAAACUACAACAAUAA